GACCCGGCGGCUGCUGCGGAGGAUGAGAACUUUGCGCUGGCUGCUGCUCCCGCUGGUUACGGGAAUCCAUCCAGAAUGCAAAAUAUUCCAGCAGGUGGUCAAAGAGGAGGCUCUCUGCUCAGAACACAACGAAUCUGCCUCACCUGAUCUUAAAGGAUGUGCCAGAGAUUGGGAUGGUUUAACCUGCUGGCCCAGAGCCACUUUUGGGGAAGUGGUUAAAAUUCCCUGCCCACGAUUUUUUGAAGAAUUCACCAGUACUCUUGGCUUCCUUCAGAGGAACUGUACACAGGAGGAAUAUUGGUCAGAGCCAUUCCCACCAUACACCAUUGCCUGUGGCUUUGAUGAAGGCUCCAGUAAAGGACCUGAGGAUCAGAAAUCCUAUUAUUCUGCAUUUUGGCGUGUCUACACCGCUGGCUAUGCAGCAUCCGUGACUUCGCUCAUUACAGCUCUAAUUGUCUUUGCUGCCUUCAGAAAAUUCCACUGCACACGGAAUUACAUCCACAUGCACCUGUUUGUCUCCUUUAUCUUGAGAGCAGUUGCUGUUUUCACCAAAGAUGCUGUUUUGUUUGCAGAUGAAACUAUGGACCACUGCCUCAUGUCAACGGUUGCUUGUAAGGCUGCUGUGGCCUUCUUCCAAUUCAGUAUUUUAGCCAAUUUCUUCUGGCUUCUCAUCGAAGGGAUCUACCUGCAAACCCUGCUGCUGCUGACCUUUGUUUCCAACAAGAAGUUUGUGUGGUGGUUCAUAUUUACUGGCUGGGGAGCUCCCACUGCUGUGAUGUUUGCUUGGGUCCUCACACGAAUCCAUCAGCAGAACACUGGAUGUUGGGAUGAUGAUGAAAAUGGAGUGGUGUUAUGGAUCAUCAAAGGCCCCAUCCUGCUGACUGUAUUAAUUAACUUUAUUAUAUUCAUUAAUGUGAUCAGGAUUCUAGUCCAUAAAUUGAAAUCCCAGGAGGGAGGAGGGAGCCAUUCAAGCCACUUUGUGAGACUUGCAAAGUCCACGUUACUUUUGAUCCCCCUCUUUGGGGUGCACUACAUUGUAUUUGCAUUUUUCCCAGAGAGCACUGGUCUGGAGGCUCGGCUUUAUAUCGAGCUGGGCCUGGGCUCAUUUCAGGGUUUUGUUGUUGCUCUCCUAUAUUGCUUCUCAAAUGCAGAGGUUCAAACUGAGCUGAAGAAACAACUGUGCAAGUGGCAGUACCAGGAGUACCUGACCUUCACCCACAAGCACGGGGCUUUGUCCAGAGAAACCAGCCCAGUCAACUACGUCACUCAGCUCUCCCUGCUGGACAAAAUCAGCCCCAAAAGGAGAACCUCUGUGCUCCAGGAUGGUGUCACCACUGUCUGA